AUGGCAAGCCGCUCCAGAGUCACACUUGCUCUUCGCAGAGCUCGAAUCGCCUCUUCGCCAUGCACUCGACAGUUGAGAGCUCUACCCCAGAUUCGAUUGCAAAGCACGGCAACAACGGAAGAGACCGAAGGCAUAGCAAAGGGAACAACAGGGUCCUCCAAAACAAUCAAAUUCACAUCCGAAACCUAUCCCGAAAUCAAACGCGACUCGAAAUUUGCGGAGCUUACUCCGGAACAUGUCAAGUUUUUCAAGGACUUGUUAGGGAAAGAAUCAGCUAUUAUUGAUGGCGUUACGAAAGAUGCCACGGAAGAUAUUGAACCUUUCAAUGGAGACUGGAUGCGAAAAUACAGGGGACACACGAAGCUAGUGCUAAAACCUGGAUCGACGGAGGAAGUAAGCAAAGUGCUGAAAUACUGCAAUGACAAUAUGCUGGCCGUGGUACCACAGGGUGGCAAUUCUGGACUCGUUGGAGGAUCGGUACCGGUUUUUGAUGAAAUCGUGAUCAACAUGAGCCGAAUGAACCAAAUACGGUCCUUUGAUGACGUUUCCGGAGCUUUGGUCUUGGACGCUGGAUGCAUUCUGGAAGUUACUGACAACUUUCUCGCGGAGAAGGGGUACAUCUUCCCAUUGGAUCUAGGGGCAAAGGGAUCUUGUCAUAUCGGAGGCAAUGUUGCAACAAACGCUGGAGGCCUGAGAUUAUUACGGUAUGGUAGUCUCCAUGGUAGUGUCCUAGGGAUUGAGGCAGUCCUUCCCGAUGGAACAAUUGUAGAUGAUCUUUCCAAGUUACGGAAGAACAACACUGGAUACGAUCUGAAGCAACUAUUUAUUGGAGGCGAGGGUACGAUCGGAAUCAUCACAGGUGUUUCUGUGAUAUGCCCUCAGCGUUCCAAAGCCAUUAAUGUUGCUUUCUUCGGUCUUGAGUCGUACGAAAAAGUCCAGGAAGCUUUUAAAGAGGCCAAGGGACAACUCUCAGAGAUUCUGUCCGCAUUCGAACUCAUGGACAGCCAGUCACAAAAUCUUGUUCACAAAGUUACGAAGAACAAACGACCUUUGGAAGGAGAGCACCCAUUCUAUUGUCUGAUCGAGACUAGUGGAUCAAACUCCGAGCACGACAACGAGAAGCUUGAGAAGUUCCUCGAGCAUGUUAUGGAGAACGAAAUUGUCAAUGAUGGUGUAGUUGCGCAAGAUGAGACUCAAGUCAGAGCUCUCUGGGGCUGGAGAGAAGGUGUUCCCGAGUGCUUGGGCCAUUGGGGUGGUGUCUACAAGUAUGACCUGUCGAUACCCAUCAAUGAGCUAUAUGCUCUAGUCGAAGAGACCAAAGCAAAGAUCAAGGAGUCAGGUCUUAUGGGAGACACUGACGACCACCCUGUUGUUGACGUUGUAGGAUAUGGCCACAUGGGUGACUCUAAUCUGCAUCUUAAUGUAGCAGUGCGAAGGUACGAUAAGCGAGUUGAGAAGGUUUUAGAGCCUUUCGUGUAUGAGUGGAUUGCCAAGCGAAACGGCAGUAUCAGCGCCGAACAUGGAUUGGGACUUGCGAAGAAGAAUUACAUUGGAUACAGUCGAAGCGAGACGAUGAUCAAGCUCAUGAAACAGAUCAAGGAGCUGUACGAUCCGAAUGGAAUUAUGAAUCCUUACAAAUACAUAUGA